GUUUUACUUGUUGCCUUGCCAAUAAUAUUUAUACGAUCUCGUCGAUAAUAGUUAUUUAUUUGUUCUAUCGACGAAGACAAAAAGUUUCAAGUCCGUGAUGAUUGUGAUACUACGGAUGUGAUCGGCGAUGGUUUCAGCUCCCAACCUUGUACGAAUCACUGGUAUCUCCUGGCCAAACUCUUCCACAGUCUCAGUCUCACACGCAUCUCUCUGUCACUCUCUAGAUUUGAAGCAUCGACCGUGGAGAUCUUAGACUUGUCAAAGCCCCUCAACUCUGACUCGCGACUUCGUCACCGGUUCUCGGUGCACUCUCUCUACUCGUGGGUCGCUGCUGCAAACUAUCGAGUCUGCGGCUGCUAAUGCCGGAGAAAAUGGAGUCGGAGGAGUGGUUGGGUCAAGUAACUCCGCCUCGACGUGACGGUGUCAUUUGGUCGAACACGUUACUUGCGGAGUUCGAUGUUGUGUUUCUCCGUAUGCAGACACGGAAGAAGAGCUUGGUGGCCAAAAUGUGUGCAAUGGGGGGGGGGGGGAUGCGAUUUGAGAGGCCGAACGAGAGACGACGAGGUAGCGAAGACUUGCUCGUCUCCUAACAGCCGACAAAUUUGCGGUCUUGAAUCCAAGAUCGAGAACGAAAAAAAAAGGAAGAAGCAGACGUACGCCAGCCUUUUCGGUGCUGCCAUCGCCUCCGGCCGGCGGCGACAACAGCGAAGCAACGUGUGGAACCGAAGCCUGCGAGGGUUGGAGUUAUCCUGACAGCCGGCGCCGCUGUGGCCUCGAAUGGCAGCAAGAAGGGUGAUGGUGAUGAUGAUGAUGAUGAUGAGAACAUGGACCACGCAGCAGCUGCUGCUGCUUUGGCCACAGUCGAAGUCGGCAGCUGAAGCCUUGGCAUUUCGGUCGAGCAGAUAAGCACCGAAUCCCACUUGCAGGUGGGCAGCACUGUUGCUGCUUGUGGAGGGGAUUCCAGAUAAGCCUCCUCUCCACCGAGAUGGACUCCGAGACACGCUGAUGACCUCCACCCUCUCACUGUGCACAUAAAGGUCGGAUCAAAUCUGUGCACAGGCUGUGGUACGCACCAGCUGCUUGAGGAAAUGCCUGCCUGCCAUGGGCUUCAAUGAUUUGACUUUGCCUAAUUUCACAGCUACAAUCUUCCAAGUUUUGACCUUGAUUCCCUACUUGUGCGCUAGAAUCCAACUCCAAAUCUGGGCAAUCAGAACCUGGAUCUCGUGGUCCUCCCUCAGCUUGGACCACAAUGGUGAUGAACAGUUGUGCAACUGGGCUACAAGAUAAGAAGACGCCACCCAACUCUCCCUGUUUGCAACAUGAGGCCAUCUGGAUCCGUGGUGGACAACACCAAUGCACCACGAUUUACUUGAGCAGCCUUUGUGCUUAUCCCAAAGAGGAGAGGAGAGGAGAGGAGAGGAUACUGUUGAGUGCUGCUGCUACGCGACUGUGGGGGCAGUCUUCCAGUCUCUCACAAGGGGAAGAACAUUGAUGGACUGAACUCAUUUUAGGUUGCACAAGGCACUGUUAUCCCAUGGAGGAAACAAUCCUGCCCUGUGUCCUGCAAUGAGGAAGCAAUCCCAUUAUUGAUCCUACAAGGUUGCAGAAGAGGCAUUUGCAGAGGAUAAUGCUGCCUGCAAAUGCAUCACAGUUACCAUGGAUGAUGAUGAUGGAUCAAACAUCAUGAGGGGGAGAAGGAAUCCCUCCACACGAGACGACAAAGGAAAUGGAUGCAGACAAAGACACACACAGCAGCAGCAGCGGCGGCAGCAAACGAAGCAAAGAAAAGCUGACCAUACCACGUUGACUUCUUUCUCCCUUCCUUCCCAAGAGAUCAUCAGAGGUUUAAUCUUCCGAGACCACAAGGCUCGAUCACCGACACAUCAACCCGAGAACAGAGUCAGCAUCAAUUAGCUGGACCAAAUCAUCUCCAAAUGCCAUACGGAACUGAUGUCAACUCUCUCGCUAAUCUCCAUCACCGGUCAUCUGAUCAGCAUCUGAAGGUGUCCAGAUAUUUUCCCCAUGAAGAUGAAGAGGAAGCAGAGGAAGACUCCAAACCGUCCUUCCUUUUUACCCAGUGUGUACCCUUCGCUUAUUUACUUGCGAGUGAGAUGUUGCUAUAGGACGACUCCGCCGGCCCCACCCUCACCAACCAGUCACUGGUCCCGCGCCGCCUCUGUGCACCCUUUCCCUCCCCUGCCCUUAUCCAUGAAUGUGUGUAAAUGAUGCGGGUGUACUGUAAUGUUACAUGUGAUGGGUUAGAGGACAGUAGCAGUAGUAAGUCCGUAUACGUAUGUGUGUAUGGAUACCUGCAUGCAUACCUGAAGCAUGACAUGGUCAUAAUAAUGGCAAUAAAAUGGGGAAGUCCAAGUUUUGGUAGGUGGUGGUGACCAGGUGAGGCAUAGGCAGCAGAGAGCCAUGCAGGUUUGCUCAUUAUAAGGAAUAGUGGUAUAAGAGACAAAAAGACUUGCCCAUCCAAUUCUGACCUCACAUCACCUGUCCACCCUAUCUCUCCCUCAGCAUCACAACACUUGAGCUUCUAUAUAAGCUCUUCCCGCUCCUCCCUUCUGUUAGCUACUCUUUGGCCCCUCCUCCGCCUCCUCUUCAUUCUCCCACACGGCAGCCUCCCCCACAAGUGCAGAAACAGCUUCAUUACAGAGAGAGAGAGAGAGAGAGAAAGAGAGGGCAGGUGUGUUUAAGUGUGCUUUAUGUUGGAUUAAGAGCGAGGGAGAGAGAGAGAGAGAGAGAGAGGGAGGGGGGGAAGGAAGCAUGUCAGUUUGCGAGGACAAGGAGAGACUGAGUGAGCCAUUGGUCGAGGGGAAGUGGGCGAGUCCAACCGAGGCGCCACGGCUCGAGCCCAAGGCGAGAAAGGACGUGACCGCGGCCGUGGUGGAGGCAAGAUCCAUACUGUGCCUGGCCUCCCCCAUGGCGCUCGCCGGCCUCCUCCUCUACUCGCGUUCCCUUGUCUCCAUGAUCUUCCUCGGCCGCCUCGGCCGUCUUCCACUUGCUGGCGGCGCGCUGGCCAUCGGGUUUGCUAACAUCACCGGAUAUUCCGUGCUCUCCGGACUCGCCAUGGGCAUGGAGCCCAUCUGCGGCCAGGCCUUCGGCGCCCGCCGCCCUGCCCUCCUCGGCCUCGCCCUCCACCGCGCGGUCCUGCUCCUCCUCGCCGCUUCCCUCCCCGUAUCCGCCCUCUGGGUCUCCAUGCGCCGCCUCCUCCUCCUCUGCGGCCAGGACGACGACAUCGCCGCCGCCGCCCAUGCCUACGUCCUCGCCUCCCUCCCCGACCUCCUCGUCCAGUCCUUGUUGCAUCCCAUCCGCAUCUACCUCCGCUCCCAGUCCAUCACCCUCCCUCUCACUUACUGCGCUGCCGCCGCCGCCGUCUUCCACCUCCCCGUCAACUACGUCCUCGUCUGCGUCCUCCGCCUCGGCAUCCGGGGCGUCGCGCUGGCCUCCGUGUGCACCAACCUCAACCUCCUCCUCCUCCUCCUCGUCUACAUCUACCACUCCGGCGUGCAUGAGCGCACGGGGGCGCUCAACAUCACGGCGGAGAGCUUCAGGGGCUGGCGGUCGCUGCUCAACCUCGCGAUACCCAGCUGCGUUUCGGUGUGCCUCGAGUGGUGGUGGUACGAGAUCAUGGUCCUGCUCUGCGGCCUCCUCCUCGAUCCCAAGUCCACCGUCGCGUCCAUGGGAAUCCUAAUCCAGACCACCUCGUUGAUCUACAUUUUCCCCUCCUCCCUCGGCUUCGGCGUGUCGACGCGCGUCGGCAACGAGCUGGGCGCGAACCGCCCCGACCGCGCCCGUCGCGCGGCCACGGUGGGCCUGGCCUGCGGCGCCGCGCUGGGGCUCCUCGCCUUCGCGUUCGCGGUGGCGGUCAGGAACGCGUGGGCGCGCAUGUUCACGUCCGACGGCGCCAUCGUGGGGCUGACCGCCGCCGUGCUCCCCAUCGUCGGCAUGUGCGAGCUGGGCAACUGCCCGCAGACGACGGGAUGCGGCGUGCUGCGGGGAAGCGCCCGCCCCCGCACCGGGGCCAACAUUAACCUCGGCUCCUUCUACGGCGUGGGGAUGCCGGUUGCCGCGGCGCUGGCCUUCUGGGGCGGCCUGGACUUCCCCGGGCUGUGGCUCGGCAUGCUCGCGGCGCAGGCCACGUGCGUCGCGCUAAUGCUGCUGGUCAUCCACCGCACCGACUGGCAGCUGCAGGCCCAGCGGGCGCAGCGUCUCACCGGCGGCCCUCUGAACACCGACGCCACAGUCGUCGUCGUCGUCGUCCAAGACAACGAUCUCGACGCAAUCAAGCAAGCCGCAAAGCUCGGAGCCCAACAACACUGAGAAGUCUGUGUGUGUGUGCGCGCGAUUCAUUUGUUGGUCAAACCAUUGACCGAUUGACUGCAUUACGCAGUAGUCGAUUGAGCUUCAUAUCUUCUUCCAUUCGUCGCCAUCACCCAAAUUCUUGUGAUCUUUUCGCAUGUGAAGGGAUCAAAUACUGUAGCAAAAGGGAAGAACAAUAAAACUCCUCAAGCUUCACACCA